AACAUUACGUCUAUUUGGUUUGGUAGUUCAAAGAUGUACGUGAUAGUUCUGGUAGCCGGACUGGUCUACCUCGCUUCAGCGAAAUUUAGCGUUAGCGAUUUAUCGAGUUAUGGAACUGCGCUGUAUCGUACAAUUGAUCCGAGAGUUGAUGACCUCAUAAAAAGUUUGGAUCCAGCUUCGCGAAUUCAGCCAUGGCAGUUGGGUAAUCUAGUCGGUGGGGAUAUGACCUUGCCAAUACCAAAGUUGCAAAACGCUCUCGUUGGCAACUCCAGUUCAUACUUUCGUUGGCCAAAUGCUACCGUAAUCUACAGUCUGGAUGGCUCAUUCAACAACACAGAACUUCUAAAUAUCUACGGAGCGAUGCGAGAGUUCGAAAAGUAUACUUGUGUCCGCUUCAAAAAACGUGGCACAGAAACAGCAUAUGUAUCGAUCGACAACGCACAAUACGGAUGCUGGGCGGAUGUUGGCCGAGGACGUGGUAAAACACGGGUUCAUCUGCAACCGGGCUGCGCAAAUGCACUGACAACGCCCAUUCAUGAACUCAUGCACGCUCUUGGAUUCCAUCACGAGCAUAACCGGCUUGAUCGCGACGAUUACAUUGAAGUGAUCUACGAUCACAUGAUCCCGGACCCUUCAGUGUACUUCAACUUCCAAUUGGUCGAAGAGACAGAAACAACCAACUUCAGUGUACCAUACGAUAUUGGGAGCAUCAUGCACUAUUUGAACACUUCGUUCUCCGUUAAACCCCAAACUCUGAGAACUAUGGAACCGUUGAUCCCGUGGAAUGGAACCUUCGGGCAAGGUCCAACGCUCACCAAGUACGAUGCACUGUUGAUCAACAUCAUGUACUGCGGAGUUCCGGAGCCCACGGAACCGCUUCCCGUACCGCAUGGAUGGAUACCGGCGGAGCCUAUCAAGAAGGUCAGCACAACGACUCCGGCGACCUCAACGACCAAGAAGACGGUUAACGUUAAAAAGACUACAGCUUUUAUGAAAAUGUCCAACAGCAAUAAGCAGAAGAUGGAGGAAGAUCUCAAGAAAAUCCUAGAUUCCAGGAAAGGAUUAGGAUCCAAGCCUGUACUACGCAAUUGACAUUAACAAUUCCACUGAAAUAUAAUUCAGCAGAUAUUGGUAGGCAUUUGCAAAAUUUUA